CAUUCAUCUGCAAGAGCUGCAUCCGCAACCCGCUGGCCCCCCUGCCUCUCCUGUCCGGUCCAGCAACAGUCCACCCGAGCCCAGCAGUCCGCCAUGGGUAUUCCCGCUCUCUUCCGAUGGCUCUCGACCAAGUAUCCCAAAAUCUCCACUGCUGUGGUUGAGGAGCAAGCCAAGGAGAUCGACGGACAGGCCGUGCCUGUCGACAUCACCAAACCGAAUCCCAACGGCGUCGAGUUCGACAAUCUCUAUCUCGACAUGAAUGGCAUCAUCCACCCGUGCUGUCACCCCGAGGACAAGCCAGCACCCAAGACCGAGGAGGAAAUGUAUGUCGAGAUCUUCAAGUACAUUGAUCGGAUCGUCGCCAUGAUCCGGCCCCGCAAGAUCCUCUACAUGGCCAUUGACGGUGUUGCUCCUCGAGCCAAGAUGAACCAGCAGCGAUCCCGCCGCUUCCGCGCAUCGCUCGAAGCCAUGCAGGCACAGGAAGAGGAGAGCAAGCUCAGAAAGGAGUGGGAAAUUUCCCACAACGAAGCCCUGCCCGAGAAACCUGAAUCUGAGCACUUCGACUCCAACUGCAUUACCCCCGGCACGCCGUUCAUGAGCAACCUGGCAAUCAUGCUGCGGUACUAUGUUACCGAUAGGCUGAACAAUGAUCCUGGUUGGAAGAACCUGAAAGUCAUACUUUCUGACGCUAGUGUUCCAGGUGAAGGCGAACACAAGAUUAUGGACUAUAUUCGUCGACAACGAAGCACCCCCGAGCACGACCCCAACACCCGACAUGUGCUCUAUGGACUUGAUGCCGAUCUGAUCAUGCUGGCUCUCGCGACGCACGAGCCACACUUCAAGAUCCUGCGUGAGGACGUCUUUUUCAAACAGGGUGGACGUGGGUGCUUCAUCUGCGGUCAAGAGGGACACAUGGCUGCAGAUUGCACUGGCAAACCCAAGGAAAAGAACGGCGAGCACGACGAGAAGGGAGCGCCGAUUCCGCUCAAGCCGUUUGUGUUUCUCCAUGUACACAUUCUUCGCGAGUAUCUCGAGGUCGAGCUCAAAUGCACCGAUUUGCCCUUCCACUGGGACCUGGAGCGCGCCAUCGAUGACUGGGUAUUUUUGUGUUUCUUUGUCGGAAACGAUUUCCUCCCGCAUCUGCCAUCGCUCGAAAUCCGCGAAGGUGCCAUCGACAAGCUCAUCGACAUCUGGAAAAAGAACCUUCCGGUUUCGGGCGGCUAUCUCACCGAUCAUGGCGACAUUGACCUGUCCCGUGCAGAAAUGUUGCUGACCAGCCUGGGAGAAAUGGAGGAUGAAAUCUUCCGGAAGCGCAAAGAGGACGAGGAGCGACGGAAAGAGGCCAAAAUCCGCCGUGACAAGGAACAGGAGGAGCAGCGGCAGCGGCAAAAGAGGGCGCGCAUGGCUGCUUCGGUCCCGGCCGUGGUCGAGGCUAUGCAAGACAUUGCCUCGUACCCCGUCAACAUGUCGCAAGCCGAUCGUGGGCGACUCAACAAGGAACAAGUUGAAAAGAAGCGAGCUGUCGUGCGCGAUCUCCAAGAGAAACGCGAUCAGGGCCAGCAGCUCGAGGCCAAUAGAAAGGCUGCCGAGCUGCUGAAAGCCUCGCUGAUGGAGACUGUGGAUGACCGAGCACCAGCUCAGCCCGAUUCUGGGGAUGCCGAGCCCGUCGAAGCGUCAGACAUUGCGUCCGAAGCAAACACAGGGCCCGACAUGAACACCGACCUGAACACCGACCUGAACACCGAUAAGGACGCUACCCAGCAGAGUGCGUUUGCUGUCUCCCGAGGAUUGAAGCGGGGCGCCGAAGACGGCCCCGGAACAACAGACGGUGCAGAGCCCGAGGUCAAUGGAGCUGAGAGCGAAGCCGACGACGACGAUGAUGAUGACACCACCGCCGAAGUCAACGUUGUUCCUUUGGUCACAAAGAAGCCCAAAGCCGAGCCGGUGUCUGAAGACCCGCCGGACAACAUUCGUCUGUGGGAGAGCGGCUGGAAAGAGCGAUAUUACCAGAACAAAUUCGGCGUCGAUCUGUCGGACCAAGCUUUCCGUGAGGGGAUCGCCAAGUCGUAUGUCGAAGGGUUUUGCUGGGUGCUCAAGUACUAUUACCAAGGCUGCUCGUCGUGGGAGUGGUAUUACCCGUACCACUAUUCGCCCUUUGCAUCGGACUUCUUCGGUAUCGGCAAGCUCAAGAUUGAGUUCAAGCUCGGUGCACCCUUCAAUCCAGUCGAGCAACUUAUGGGUGUGCUUCCGGCCGCCAGUCGAGCGCAUAUUCCCAAGGCGUUCCAUUCGCUUAUGACUGAGGAAGACAGCCCCAUUAUCGACUUUUAUCCGACAAGAUUCCCCAUCGAUCUGAACGGCAAGAAAUUCGCCUGGCAAGGCGUGGCACUGCUGCCGUUUAUUGACCAGGAUCGCCUGCUCGCCGCCAUGAAGACGCGAUAUCACUUGCUCACCAUGGAUGAGGUUGAACGCAACACGCGUGGCAAAGAGCUCCUAUUUCUAGGCGAGAGCCACCCCGCCUUUGAAUCCCUCUACAUCCUGUACGGGAAGAAGGUCGUCAAGGAGCCCGUUGCCCUCGAUUCGCACGUUGCCAACAUGACUGGCUGCAUCCUUCCGGAUGCAUCCGUGGUUCUGCCUGGCUCAACGUUCGAAAGCCCACUCAGUGAGUUGGGCCUCCCUGACGUCAAAGAUGUUCAUUCAAUCAGUGUUGUUUAUGAGAUGCCCAAGGUUGACAAGAAGUUCGAAGCAAAACUGCUACCCAACGUCCUGUUUCCUCCCCGCGAGCUGAAUGCCGACGACUACUGGUGGAUCACCACCGGCGUCAAGCGAGGCGGCAGAGGCGGCGGUCGUGGUGGUCGUGGUGGUCGUGGUGGCGGUCGUGGAGGAGGCUACGGAAGCCACACAACAGACGGCCUGGCUCGGCAUGACAACGGAUAUCGAUCAACUUCAGGAUUUUCGUCGUACACCCACCACUCAGGCGGGUCACAAGGCUAUCGUGGCAGCGGCCGUGGUGGAUACCACGGCCCAGGUGGAUAUUCCGGCAACAGCUAUUCCGGUGGAUCUCACCAUCAGUCGGCGUAUGGCCAGCCGCAGCAUCGCAGCUCAGGCUACGACCAGCGAGGAUAUCAGGGCAGCUAUCGACAAGAUUACGACGGCGGCCGGUCAGGAUCGAGCUAUCCGCGUGAUUCGCAUCAUCCGACCGCCCCGUCACACUACUCGCAUUCGUCCGGCGGCGGUUACCAUCAAAGCAGCAGCAACUAUGGCCAUUAUGCGGGCAGUCAGAGUUACGCCUCGAGUCUCGACCGCAGUACCUCGCGACACGGAUCUAAUGCUGGGUACAGACCCUCGAGCGGAGGAAGCGGAUACCCCAACAGCGGCUAUUCCAGCAACUACUCGAGCAGCUACGCCAGCAGUGGAUAUGCCGGUAACGCAGACACAUCGCGAAACGGCUAUGGCACCGACUCGAGCUACGGCCAGCCCUACCGAACCAGUAAUCCACCAUCGACGAUCCAUCAGCGACCGCCGCACCAACCCGGCCUGACCCACGCACAACAAGCGGCCCCUCGCCCUGGACCGCCAAUGAAUCUGGGAUGGAGUCGCAAUGUCUCUCGCGGGGCCUCAAGUCGUGGACGCGGGUCAUCACACCAGUCAUCAUCGACCUUCAAGCCGUACUAGGGCUCUGUUGAGCGAUCGGCUUUGCUGUAUAAUUAGGAAGACUCGGUGCGUGGGCAUGAUUUGAAAAGCCCCUGUCCCGUGCUUGAGUAUUCGUUAGCACUGUUCACUCCGCUGUACGUGAUGCGAGGGUGCGCAAGAUGAGACGGAAAGCCCUAUAUUUAUGGCCAGAAACUGUUUUCU